AUGCCCCUUUUUGACUGCCCAUCCGACCAGUGUGAACUGAAUCAUGCCAAAGGGAACCUUAAUCCCCAACUGAGAGCAUCUAAAUUUUUGAAGUUUCAGGAGGCUAAAAUUCAAGAACUAGUUGUACAUGUUCCUAAAGGUCACAUUCCUCGAACGAUGACUGUCCAGAGCAGGAUGCCUGGUUCAAGUCCAGGAGUACAUAUGCUAGAUAAGACUUGUUAUAUGCUGCCUGGACUCAGCUCAAUUAUUGGAAGUGAUAUAUACAACAAAUUGGCGCGGUCCUCGGCCCCAGAAAUUUACGGUCAUGAAGAUGUAAAAAAGGCUCUUCUUCUUCUCCUAGUUGGUGCUCCUCAUCGGAAGUUAAAGGACGGGAUGAAGAUUAGAGGAGACCUACACAUAUGUUUAAUGGGUGAUCCAGGAAGCAGUGGAGUUGGUCUGACCGCAGCUGUUCAGAAAGAUCCAGUGACGAAUGAAUUUGUUCUAGAAGGAGGAGCCCUGGUACUCGCGGAUAUGGGCAUUUGCGCCAUUGAUGAGACUGCUGUUCUUGCUGCUGCUAAUCCUGCUUGGGGGAGAUAUGAUCUGAGGAGAACACCAGCCGAGAAUAUUCAUCUUCCUCCUGCUCUGCUGUCAAGGUUUGACCUCUUGUGGUUGAUCCUAGAUAGAGCAGAUAUGGACACUGAUCUUGAGAUGGCAAGGCAUGUUCUGCAUGUCCACCAGGCGAAGGAAUCACCGGACCUGGGUUUUACUCCACUCGAACCUUCUGUUCUGAGGGCAUACAUUUCUGCUGCAAGAAAGUUGUCUCCAGCUGUACCACAAGACUUGGAGGAAUAUAUAGCGAGUGCUUAUUCCAGUAUCAGGCAAGAAGAAGCGAAAUCGAAUACCCCCCACUCCUACACAACUGUCAGAACUUUACUCAGUAUUCUCAGGAUAUCAGUAGCUUUGGCUAGACUCAGAUUCUCUGAGUUUGUGGCUCAGAGUGAUGUCGACGGGGCACUUAGGUUGAUGCAAAUGUCAAAAUUCUCUUUAUAUUCGGAUGAUCGUCAAAGAUCGGGCCUGGAUGCAAUUUCCGACAUUUACUCAAUAUUGCGAGAUGAGGCUGCCAGAACCAACAAGGUGGAUGUGACAUAUGCCCACGCUCUCAACUGGAUUUCAAGAAAGGGAUACAGCGAAGCCCAGUUGAAAGAAUGCUUAGAGGAAUAUGCAGCCUUGAAUGUGUGGCAGAUUCAUCCAAAUACGUUCGACAUCCGUUUUAUUGAUGCUUAA